GGGGGACAGGGAGUGUCAAGGCCGGUGAGCCCGGCGCCAGCUCCUGCCGGGUGUGUGUGUGUGUUGGGGGGAGAUCCCCACGGCUCCUCGUCCUGGGGAGGGCGCAGGGGAGACCGGAGGGAGCCCUGAUCUCGCCCCGCCCCUGGGCUUGUUCCCGCGGGGGCGGGGAGCGAAGGCUCCUUUUUCGGGGGAGUGGAGGUCGGGGGGCCUCGGCCGUGGCCUCCGGAGCGGCGGGCGGCCGGUGUGUGCCCGCGGCGGCCGUGCCUCUUGCAUGCGCGGCUGCUGGAUGCGGCGGCCCGGAGCGGCAGGAUGUUAGGGCAGCAGCAGCAACUGUACUCGUCGACCGCGCUCCUGAGCGGGGAGCGCAGCCGGCUCCUCACCUGCUACGUGCAGGACUACCUCGAGUGUGUGGAGUCGCUGCCCCACGACAUGCAGAGGAACGUGUCCGUGCUGCGGGAGCUGGACAACAAAUACCAAGAAACAUUAAAGGAAAUUGAUGAUGUCUAUGAAAAAUAUAAGAAAGAAGAUGACUCAAACCAGAAAAAACGCCUACAGCAACAUCUCCAGAGAGCUUUAAUCAAUAGUCAAGAAUUGGGAGAUGAAAAAAUUCAGAUUGUUACACAAAUGCUUGAAUUGGUGGAAAAUCGGGCAAGACAAAUGGAGUUGCAUUCACAGUGUUUCCAAGAUCCCACCGAAAGUGAACGAGCCUCAGAUAAAGGGAAGAUGGAUUCCAGCCAACCAGAAAGAUCUUCAAGAAGACCCCGCAGACAGCGGACCAGUGAGAGUCGUGAUUUAUGUCACAUGACAAAUGGGAUUGAAGACUGUGAUGAUCAGCCGCCCAAAGAAAAGAAAUCCAAGUCAGCCAAGAAAAAGAAGCGCUCCAAGGCCAAGCAGGAAAGGGAGGCGUCGCCCGUCGAGUUUGCCAUCGAUCCCAACGAGCCUACAUACUGUUUGUGUAACCAAGUGUCUUAUGGAGAAAUGAUAGGAUGUGACAAUGAACAGUGCCCAAUUGAGUGGUUUCACUUUUCAUGUGUCUCACUUACCUAUAAACCAAAGGGGAAAUGGUAUUGUCCAAAGUGCAGGGGAGAUAAUGAGAAAACAAUGGACAAAAGUACUGAAAAAACAAAAAAGGAUAGAAGAUCGAGGUAGUAAAGGCCAUCCACAUUUUAAAGGGUUAUUUGUCUUUUAUAUAAUUCAUUUAAUUUCAGAAAAUGUUUUAGGGAAAGUGCAUAAGACUAUGCAAUAAUUUUUAAUCAUUAGUAUUAAUGGUGUAUUAAAAGUUGUUGUAGUUUG